UCAUAUCAGAUUCCCUUUCAUAGCCUCUGGAAGAAAGCAAAUAAUAAAACAUGUCAAGCAUUCAGCACACGCAAGACCAAGUCGACGAGGUCGUCGACAUCAUGAAGGACAAUGUCAACAAAGUACUCGAGCGUGACCAAAAGCUCACUGAGAUUGAGGACCGAUCAGACGCAUUAAAAGAUGGAGCCUCCAGGUUCCAGAAGACCUCAGGACAGGUGAAGAGCAAGAUGUGGUGGAAGAACCUCAAAUGGACUCUAUUGAUCAUCGCGCUAAUCGUCAUUGUUAUUAUCGUCAUUCUUUUGAUCACCAAGCCAUGGGAGUAAACACCUGACCACCCGGAAUAUAUAGAAGGCUGAAACGAAGCUGCGCAAUACCUAUUAAACCGUUUCGGACCAAACGACGUGUGAUUUAUCCAAUUAAAACGUAUCCUACACAUG